CCUCAAGAAGCCUCCCCAGGCGCAUUUUUAAACGCCGGCGGGCAAAAAACGACCCAUUCGGGGUCCUAGGAACCAGUUUUGCGCCGGUUUUGACGAAAGUUACGGCCGGCACGCCCAUUCCAAACCCAGUCUCCCGGGAGGCAGCUGGGAACGCCGGCAUCUCUUUUUCGCAUGCAACGGCCCACUUGUCAGCCCCUCUUUCUCCCCUCUCUCUCAUCUCUCCUCUCCUUUCUCUCUUUUCUUUCUCCUCUCUCCUCUCAUCUUCCUUCCACCACGGCACCACCUACCACACACAGCCGGAGCGGGGCUCGCGCGGCCGUGGCGGCGCACGCAUGGCCAGGGCGGGGCUCGCGCUCGCGCGGCCGGAGCAGAGCAUGGCCGGGGCUUGCGGAGCGGAGCGCGUAUGGACAGGGCGGGGAGGGGCUCGCGGAGCGGAGCGCGCAUGGCCAGAUGAGGAGCCAUGGCGGCGCGGCGGCGAGGCCGCCGCUCGUGCUCGAAGAGCUCAUGUCGGCGCCGGAGCGUGGUGUCCGGCGUGCCCUCGCCGUCGACGCUCAUGCCCGCCUCCGCCCCGCUCCUCCACCUCUACGACUGCUGGUCCACCUACAAGUACGUCAACUUCUCCCGGACCAUCUACGACGCCAUGGCGUACCUCAACGACACCAUCACCGUCAACAACAACUACAUCUCCAUGCUCGCCGCGCUGAAGCGAUACGGCGACGACACGUCCGUCUGGGCGCCGCCGCAGACGGAGCGCGACGGGUACUGGCCUUCGCCCGCGGCCUCGGGGGGCGACGUCGACGCGCACGGCGUGCCCAAGGGGCUCCCCGCGGACGCGACGGUGUGCGGCGUCGGGUGCGACUACAAGACGGUGCGGGAGACGGUGUGCGGCGCCGGGCCUCGCCUCCAUCCAUGCGCGUCCGCGCCUUCGCCGGUUUGCGAGUCACCGGCAAGCUGCCCCAGCCUCAAGUUGCCUCCGCUGUCGGGCUUCACCAGCAAGCAACAACGCCCGCCGGUCGUCUUCUCCAUGGUCAUCCCACGAGUCACGCCCGCGUCCACGCUCGCCGGGUUCCUCACCGGGCACACGGGGCACGAGGACGGAGCGGCGGCGGUCGAGCUCGGUGGGCUCGUGCGCAGUGCGUUCGUCAGUCGGAUGGGGGGCGGCUGGAAUUUUUUUUGUCCCAGAUGCAAAAAAUCUGCCGGUGCCUUCUCAGAGGCCAAAAAACGCCUCCACAACGGCUGGAGAUGCUCUAAGCUAUUAGGG